GAACAAACUUCAGCUUCUACCCAGAUGGUUCUCACCUGACUGUAGUAGAUCCUAAUCCGUAUUUUGCUGAUUACUACAUGCAGAAUAGGAAGAAGUUUCCUAACAUUAAAGCGGAAACUGUUAUUGUUUCGUAUGGUGAAGAUAUGGACAUGGUAGAAAGCGAAAGUGUGGACGCCGUAGUUAUUACACUUGUUUUAUGCAGUGUAAAGGAUGUUGCAAAAGUUGUCAGCCAGAUCAAGCGAGUCCUUGUUCCGGGAGGAAAGUUUUACUUUAUAGAACACAUUCAAGAAUGGGACCGGAGUUCUCACGGUUAUCGCUGGUUCAUUCAGAAUCUUUUGACGUGGUCCAGGAUUUGGCCUUUCUUUUUCGAGGGAUGCAACCUGAACCGCAAUCCCCUUCCGUUCAUACAGUCAGUAGGUUUCUCGGAUGUUCAGUACGAGAGAUUAUAUGCUCCUAUGCCUGCCAAAGUUUUUAUGGUUGCAUCUCCUCAUGUAAAGGGUAUUGCUACAAAAUAGGGUUUUUAACAUGUAACUGGGAAAGACUAUAGGUUUUAAAUGUGAUGGUGUAUUUUAUUCUCCAUGGUACUAUUUUUAUACCCAAAAAUGCUCAUUUGAAAAUAUGUAUAUAUUUUAUUGAUUUUUUUUAAUUGAUAAAAGAGGACACGAAGGAGAGUAAUUGUAUUUCAUACUACUAUAUUACAUGGUUAUAAAAAUGUUAAUAUUCUGUCAUGUAAAUUGAUCAUGUGUAUAUAUAGAAAACAAAUCUGUAUUGUUAUUAUAGACAGUAUUCACAUAUGUACUGAGAAGGAGCCAUGUAAGAACUCAUUAGCUGAAUUCUUAAAAUUGCAGAGGAAAGUGUCUGUUUUUAUCUGAAUGCGAUGGACAUGCUUACUGGUCAGUAUCUGAUUCUCAAUACCAUGCGUAAUAGCUAUGUAUCAUAUUAAUGGUAAAAAUUGUGAAUUGUUAAAAUUAUUUGUUUUGUAAAUAAUGUAUUUAAUAAAUAUACAAAAAUCUC